GCCUCCGAUCCAUCCCCCUCGCGCGGGCGUUCCCCUCCCCAACCGACCACGCAAAUGGCGCGCCUCGGCCUCGGCAUGCCGUGCCUGCUCGCCGCCGCCGCGGUGGCCGUCCUCGCGCUCGCGCCCGGCGCGGCGUCGCAGGCGCCGGCGCCGGCUCCGGCUUCGUCGGUGGACUGCUCUUCGGCGGUGACCAGUCUCAUCGGGUGCCUCUCCUACGUGCAGCAGGGGAGCGCGCAGGCCAAGCCGCCCAAGGAGUGCUGCGCCGGCGUCAAGAGCGCCCUCAAGACCCCGGCCACCGUCACCUGCCUCUGCGCCGCCCUCGGCCAGAACAACGGCGCCAUGAUCAACUUCACCCGCGCCGCCACGCUCCCCGAGGCAUGCGGCGAGGACCCGGCUGCCCUCGGCAAGUGCAACAUCAAACUGCCCGGUGCUCCUACUGAAGGUCCUACACCCUCUUCUGGAUCUGCACCGGGCGCUAACAGCCCAGGCACAUCGAAGUCGGCGGCAGCUCGGUCACCGGUCUCAGCCUUCGCCGUAGUAGCCGCUGUGGCCGCUCCUCUGCUCUCCUACUACUUCCUCUGAAGAUUUGUUGGUUGACUUUAUGGUUUCUUUCGUGGAUUGCUGUGAAUCUCGUGAUGUGUAUCCGCAUUGUGCCAUAAUUCAGUGAGACUUGAUUUGGGAGAGGUUUUUUCUGUUCA